GCGAGCCAUUCAUUAUCACGGGCUGUGGGUGCGGGUUUAGCAGCCUGUAGGGUUUUCCAUCUGAUUAAUCUGCAUUCAUUUAAUUGAUACGUAGUGUUAACAAAGCAACACCAAACAACAACAAAUAUACAAAAAAAAGUUUAAAAAAAUGGCUGGGGCAAUUAUUGAAAACAUGAGCACGAAGAAGUUAGUCAUUGUUGGAGUCAUUUUAGUCAUCUUUCAAGUGUUCUCAUUUCUUGUUGGAGGUUUGAUUGCUCCAAGUCCAACCUCUGCAGUUCACUACCUGGCGACAAAGUGCGUCGAUGUCCGAAAACACCACCAGAGUUCAAAGUGGUUUAUGCCCUGGGGUCCCAACCAGUGUGAAAAAAUCCGAGAUUUCGACGAGGCCAUGAUCAAACAGAUUGAAGCCAAUGAAAUUGUGUUUGCCGUCCACAUCCCUCUGCCCAACAGCGAGAUGAGCCCCUGGUUCCAGUUCAUGCUGUUCAUCCUGCAGUUUGACAUUGCCUUCAAGAUGGGCAACCAGAUAGAAGAGGGAGCUGUGGUGACAAUUGAUGUGUCACUGGCUUACAGGGAUGACACCUUCAGCAAAUGGACGGAAAUGGCACAUUCUAUAGAGCAACGGAAACUGAGCUGCAAUUUUUCAACUCCCAAGACCAAUGAAAACGAGGGCAGGCAUUAUGAAUGUGACCUCUUGCCUUUCAUGGAAUUGGGAAGCGUUGCGCACAAAUAUUACCUCGUCAACAUCCGACUACCAGUGAACGAGAGGAAGAGCAUUAAUGUUGGCAUUGGAGAAAUUAAGGAUAUCCAUCUUGUGGGUAUCCACCAGAAUGGAGGGUUCACGAAGGUUUGGUUUGCCAUGAAGACCUUCCUCACUCCCAGCAUCCUCAUCAUCAUGAUCUGGUACUGGAGGCGAAUUACACUGAUGACAAGGCCGCCGGUCCUGCUUGAGAAGGUCAUCUUUGCACUUGGGAUUUCUAUGACCUUCAUUAACAUCCCAGUAGAGUGGUUUUCUGUUGGGUUUAAUUGGACGUGGAUGCUGUUGUUUGGGGAUAUCCGCCAGGGGAUCUUCUACGCUAUGCUGCUGUCCUUCUGGAUCAUCUUCUGUGGGGAGCAUUUGAUGGAUCAAACUGAAAGGAACCGUUUCGGUGUUUACUGGAAGCAAGUUGGGCCUAUCGUCUUCGGGUCCUUCUGCCUCUUUAUUUUUGACAUGUGUGAAAGGGGAGUCCAGCUGACGAACCCAUUCUACAGUAUCUGGGCUUCGGACGUGGGCACUGAAUUGGCUAUGGCUUUCAUCAUUGUGGCGGGAAUCUGUGCCUGUCUGUACUUCCUGUUCCUGUGUUUCAUGGUGUUCCAGGUGUUCAGGAACAUCAGUGGAAAGAGGACUUCUCUGCCUGCCAUGUCCAAGGCUAGACGCCUUCACUAUGAGGGGUUGAUCUUCAGGUUCAAGUUCCUGAUGCUGAUAACUCUGGCAUGCGCUGCCUUGACUGUCAUCUUCUUUAUCAUUAGCCAGGUGAACGAGGGCCAUUGGCACUGGGGGGGCUACACUGUCCAAGUGAACAGUGCUUUCUUCACUGGGAUCUACGGCAUGUGGAACCUCUAUGUCUUUGCAAUCAUGUUCCUCUAUGCACCUUCACAUAAGCGCUAUGGGGAUGACCAGUCAAAUGCAGGUCAUCUAGGAGUGAACAGCGGAGAGGAAAUCCAGCUGACCACCACCAUCACGCACGUGGACGGGCCCACAGAAAUCUACAGGAUGACGGGAAAGGAGUCGCAAGAAUAACCCCAAUAGCACAGCCUCCAUUCAUGAAUCGGAAGGUAGAGCACCUGUGUACAUGGAAUGCUGAGAAGUGGAUUCCAGUUCAAGUUGUGCCAAGAAAUGGUCAUUGCCAAGUUUCAUUGUAAUAUAACUAAUAUUAUCUAUGGGCAACUCCACUGUUUAUCUGUCCAGGCUUCAUGUUUGCACUUGUUUAUACUCUUCACUUCCAUCCUUUUUUUUUUUUUUUGUGGUAGUUACCAGGCAGUGAGUGAAAGCUGAUCUAGGUGCUGGAGCAGUCUUCAGAAGAAAAGGGAAACAAGUUGAAUGGGAUGCGGUAUCUUUUUAAAUACAUUCACUGCUAACGGCCUUCCGAUUUCCAAACAUUAACCUGUUACAUAGACAUUCAAUUAUAUUCUGUUAUAAAAUAACCACUUGGGGACCCUCCCUCAGACCUCCCAUAUAUUACGGUGGGGGGGGGGAGAAAUGUUUUCUUCUCUAUUUAAUUGCCAGUGCUAUCUACAAACUAUUUUUAGUACGCUGGUGAUCUGCUGUGUCCACACUUCAUCUUUUAAAGAGUCAGUUCUAUGAAACACUAAAGCUUCUGGACUUGUCGUCCUGUUUUCUGUAGUCCACUAGAGCUCUAUAUGUUAUGAUGUAGAUAUUUUUAUAUUGUUCUGAUUAGUAAGAGUAGGGCAGACAGUCUUAUCUAGAUGUAUUCCAGGCUACAAAUUAUAAUUUUUUUUUUAAAUGUGAGAUGGGGCUGUUUUGUUGGUACAAGCAGUGUUCUCUUUUUACAUUUAUUACAUGUGGAAAUGUAGAUGUGCUUUUUAUGCUAAUUUAAAUAAAAUACUUUGCUGUAAA